GUGCUCUCCACCACCUUGAAACACCACCUACCUUCCUUUACCUUCUUGUCUCUUUGCGUCUCUCUCUCUCUCUCUCUGUGUGUGACUCUGACUUCUUCUUCUUUUUCUUAUCUCUCUCUCUCUCUUACACUCUUCUUCAUACAUUCUCCUUUUCCUCUCCCACCAAAAACAUCAAACUCAAUUCUCCUUUUAUCAUAACAAUCUCACCUUUCCCUUUUCAACCCUCACUCAACCCAUCUUUCUCUCUCAUAACCCUCUUUUCAAAGUUCAAUUUUUUCACCAUUUCGUGAUCUGGGUAUGGCCAUAAUCAGGAACAUAAUAGAAGACAUGAGAUCGAGAUCUCAAAGGGUAGUUGUAGUUGAGAAAGAAGAGAAAGUUCUUGUUGGCGACGGUUUAAGACAGAGUUGUUGGGCUAACAUGCCACAGGAGCUUCUCCGUGAAGUUCUCCUCAGAAUUGAAGCGUCCGAGGAUACAUGGCCGCCGAGGAAGAACGUUGUUGCUUGUGCCGGAGUUUGUCGGAAUUGGAGAGUUAUCACUAAAGAAAUUGUUAAAAAACCUGAACUUUCUGCUAAGAUAACUUUCCCCAUUUCUGUUAAACAGCCUGGUCAAAGAGAGAAUCUCCUUCAAUGCUUUAUAAAGCGCAACCGAUCCACUCAAACAUAUUAUUUGUUUCUCAGUUUAACUAGUUCGUUAGGUGAUGACGGAAAGUUCCUUCUGGCUGCUCGCAAAAGCAGACGUCCUACCUGCACAGAUUAUAUCAUCUCUCUAGAUGCAGAUGAUAUGUCAAGGGGAAGCAAUACCUAUGUUGGGAAACUGAGAUCAAAUUUCCUCGGAACAAAGUUCACAAUCUAUGACGGCCAGCCACCUCAUACAGGAGCUAGGUUUACUAAAAGUCGUUCUACUAGGUUGGUGAAUCUAAAGCAGGUUUCGCCCAAGGUCCCAACCGGCAACUAUCCCGUGGCUCACAUCUCGUAUGAAUUGAAUGUCCUUGGCUCGAGGGGGCCUAGGAGAAUGCAUUGUGUCAUGGAUUCCAUACCAUCCUCUUCGAUCGAACCAGGAGGAGUAGCUCCUACACAAACCGAGUUUUCUCUAAACAACAUAGAAAUGUUUCCCCUGUUUCCUUUUUUCCGAUCAAAAUCAAAUCGUGUGAUGGAGAACUCUCUAUCCGGACCCCUAGUCGGUAAUCAAAAAGACGGUUUACUUGUGUUGAAAAACAAGGCUCCGAGGUGGCACGAGCAGCUGCAGUGUUGGUGCUUAAACUUUCACGGACGCGUGACAGUUGCCUCGGUUAAAAACUUUCAGCUGGUGGCUUCUGCAGAAAACGGAACUGCUGGACCAGAACACGAUAGGAUUAUUCUUCAAUUUGGAAAAGUUGGGAAGGAUUUGUUUACAAUGGAUUAUCGAUACCCUAUCUCGGCAUUUCAAGCAUUCGCAAUCUGCCUCAGCAGCUUCGAUACCAAGAUUGCUUGUGAAUGACAUCUUUAAACAGAUUAUAUGACAAUCUGGGAAAUAUGUUUGAAUGUGACUUAGUGGGAAGCAAUAUGAUGAAAAGUGUUUAUGAAGGUGAUUGGAUGAUGAAUGGUGUUCAACUGAAAAUGUAUAAAGACGAUGCUGCACAUAUGAGUUUUCAGUUAGUUUCUGGAAUCACCAUGAAAAAAUUGAAUGUUACUUGUCCUCAUUUAUAUGUAUAUUAUUAUUAUUGUUCCCCUUGUGUUGUAGAUAAAUUCUUUCUCACUCAUUUUUUUUCUUCUUUCUUUUCUUUAACAAUUUGCUUUUCAUUUUUAUGCAAUAUAUAGUGGUUGAGUCUUCUUUCAAAGCAGCAACAUAUUGGUUUCUUUGUGCAGGCCGUCUAAAUUUUUUGCAGGAGGUUUUGUGUAAGUUAGGUUUAAUUCAACUGUUGCAAAUCGACCCUAUUUGGCCACGAUGUUACCGUGACAAUAUUUUAUGAGACAUUUUUUACUCAUGUUUUAGGUGUGACAAUUUUUUUAUUAUGUGCGGUAGUCUUUAUUACAAGUUUUAAGGUUUUAAGAUUCUGCUUUUAUCUAUUAUCUAAUCAAGUUUGUGUUCCAAUUCAUUUACCACCUUGAGUGGACAUGAAAAAUAAGGGAAUUUUUUUACCUUACCCAUUGGGGGUUCUUAUGCACCAUGUACGCUUCCAAAAAUAUCUGUUUUCGAAGAUGUAUUUUUAGAUGCAUUUUUUUUUACCGGAAUAGCGUAUUUUCGUAGAUGCAGUUUUGGAAAAAACCAAAUUUUGGGGGA